GUAGGGAAUUAGAAUGUGCGCCUGAGCCAUCUGCGCCCAUAAAGCUCAUUUGUGUCUGCUUACGAGGAGAAAUUAUGCAUUAUCUGUUCUUAAAGCAGUGGAAACACUUUGAGUAUUGUUUCCUGGAAGGCAAUCACUUCUAUUUGAGGAGAACCUUCAUUGUUUUGUUACUGUUGUGAAGUUCACAGAAUUCGUCAUAGUUAAGGGCGGGAGAACCCAAAGAAUGAACAUCGGGAGAUGAGUUUGAGCGCUGAUAGUGCAGGGACCGCUUUACAGACAGAGCAAAAGAGGGUCUUGGAGGGUCCGACACGGUCAUGAGUCUCUGAGGUGCGGAGUGAACCGGACACAUGGAGUGGGGCGGUAGAAGAGCCAGUGGCUCCAUCAAACGGGCCUCCAUCAAACGCUCAGCAUCAAUGUCUCAGAAGGGCCAGAAAGCUUGGAUUGAAAAAACCUUUCACAAAAGAGAAUGUAUCCACAUAUUUCCAGCCAAGGACCCAACGCGGUGCGCCUGUGGUUAUCUAGUGACUCAACACUCGGCCAUUGCAGCAGGCGCAGUCACCAACAAGCCCUCCGAAGGGAACCAGCUUGUGCAAGUGGACCCUCCUCAGGAGAAAUGGUUGGUGGUCAAACAUACCCAGACCGUCCUCACAGACGCCUAUGGUACCAUUGAAUUUCAAGGAGGAGGAUUUAUCAACAAAGCCAUGUAUAUUCGGGUGUCAUAUGAUACUAAGCCGGACAGCUUGCUGCAUCUCAUGGUGAAGGAAUGGCAACUGGAGUUGCCCACGCUGCUUAUAUCAGUUCAUGGUGGCCUCCAGAACUUUGACCUGCAGCCCAAACUCAAGCAAGUUUUUGGGAAAGGCCUGAUCAAGGCUGCCAUGACCACCGGAGCAUGGAUCUUCACUGGUGGAGUCAGCACUGGAGUGAUCCGGCACGUUGGAGAUGCUUUGAAGGAUCACUCUUCUAAAUCCAGAGGGAAGGUGUGUGCUAUAGGCAUCGCUCCAUGGGGAAUCCUGGAGAGCAAAGAGGAUCUAAUUGGAAAAGAUGUGAACAAACCAUACCAGGCCAUCUCCAAUCCUCUGAGCAAACUUGCCGUUCUCAACAAUAGCCAUUCGCACUUCAUACUAUCUGAUAACGGCACAUGUGGGAAAUACGGGGCGGAGGUCAAACUACGCAGGCAGUUGGAGAAACACAUCUCCCUCCAGAAGAUUAACACGCGACUGGGCCAGGGUGUACCGGUGGUAUGUCUGAUUGUGGAGGGGGGUCCCAAUGUGAUCUCGAUUGUCCUGGAAAGCCUGCGUGAGGAACCACCUGUGCCUGUAGUGGUUUGUGAUGGCAGUGGUCGAGCCUCUGACAUUAUUUCCUUCGCCCACAAAUAUUCUGAGGUUGAAGGACUGGUAAACGAAGACGCAAAAGAGCAACUGCUGGUCACCAUCCAGAAAACCUUUAACUACAACAAAAUGCAGUCAGGGCAAAUUCUGCUCAUGGUCAUUGAAUGCAUGAAGAAGAGGGAGUUGAUAACAGUGUUUCGAAUGGGUGCUGAGGGACAAGAUGACAUUGAAAUGGCUAUCCUCACUGCGUUACUGAAAGGAACAAACGCAUCAGCUCCAGAUCAGCUGAGUUUGGCUCUGGCUUGGAAUAGAGUGGAUAUAGCACGCAACCAAAUCUUUGUGUAUGGACACAAUCUACCACCUGCAAGUGCCCUCGCUGCCAUCUCCACCAGCGCAGCACCAUCUCAUGAAAAGCAGAAAGGAGCCACUCAACGUAACAAAGGAAAGGCUAGAGGGAAAAAAGGCAAAGGAGGCAAAGCCAAACCAGAACAACCAAAGGAAACUGACCCCAGAAAGUUAGAACUACUGAACUGGGUGAACUCCCUCGAGCAGGCCAUGAUUGACGCUUUGGUUCUGGACAGAGUGGAUUUUGUCAAGCUCCUGCUAGAAAAUGGUGUAAACAUUCACCAUUUUCUAACCAUCCCUCGAUUAGAGGAGUUAUACAACACUAAACUUGGUCCUGCCAACACUCUGCAUAUUGUCGUAAGAGAUGUUAAAAAGGGGAAUCUCCCACCAGAUUACCAAAUCACAUUGAUCGACAUUGGACUGGUGGUGGAGUACCUGAUGGGUGGAGCCUAUCGCUGUAACUACACAAGGAAAAACUUCAGAGCUCUUUAUAACAAUCUUUAUGGACUAAAGAGGCCUAAAGCCCUAAAGCUGCUUGGAAUGGAGGAUGAUGAGCCCAGGCCAAAAGGCAAGAAGAAGCAAAAGAAGAAGAAAGAAGAAGAGGAGGACAUUGAUGUGGAUGACCCAGAGGUCAGCCGCUUCCAUUAUCCAUUCCACGAGCUGAUGGUCUGGGCAGUGCUGAUGAAAAGGCAGAAGAUGUCUCUGUUCCUGUGGCAGAGGGGCGAGGAGGGUAUGGCUAAAGCUCUGGUGGCCUGUAAGCUCCUCAAAGCCAUGGCUCAUGAGUCGUCUCAGAGUGAGAUGGUGGACGACAUAUCCCAGGAUCUCGAUAACAACUCCAAGGAGUUUGGAACCUUGGCCUAUGAGUUGCUGGAUCAGUCCUACAAACAUGAUGAGCAGCUAGCCAUGAAACUGUUGACUUACGAGUUAAAGAACUGGAGUAACUCUACCUGUCUGAAGUUGGCAGUGGCUGCCAAGCACAGAGACUUCAUAGCCCACACCUGCAGCCAGAUGCUCCUCACUGACAUGUGGAUGGGCAGCCUGAGAAUGGGUAAAAACCCAGGACUGAAGGUGAUACUCAGCCUCAUUUUCCCACCUUUUAUCCUGCUGUUGGAUUUCCGUCUGGGUGAUGACGUGUCUCAUCAAGUCACUGCAAAUAGCGAGGACAGGAAGACCAAGGAUGAUGAUAAGUCCGGCCGGGAUGCCAAUGCAGAUACAGCCUCUAAGAAAGGAGAUGAGGAGGAAGGUAAUAAGAAAAUGAGACGGAUUCCUAUUGGAACGAAGAUCUAUGAGUUCUACAAUGCCCCUUUCACCAAAUUUUGGUUCAAUACUAUUUCCUACCUUGGCUAUCUCAUGCUGUACAAUUAUAUAGUACUGGUGAAGAUGGAGCGUUGGCCAUCCUUACAAGAGUGGAUCGUCAUUUCAUACAUCAUCACUUUGGGGUUGGAGAAAGUCAGACAGAUUUUGAUGUCAGAACCAGGCAAGCUCAGGCAAAAGAUAAAUGUGUGGUUGGAAGAGUACUGGAACAUCACAGACCUGGCGGCCAUCUCGACCUUCUUGCUUGGGCUACUACUUAGGCUGCAAAGUGAACCUUACAUGGGCUACGGCCGUGUGAUCUACUGCGUGGACAUUAUCUUCUGGUAUAUCCGCGUACUAGACAUAUUUGGAGUCAACAAGUACCUAGGACCCUACGUCAUGAUGAUUGGGAAAAUGAUGAUUGACAUGCUGUACUUUGUGGUGAUCAUGUUGGUGGUCCUGAUGAGUUUCGGCGUGGCACGGCAGGCUAUCCUCCACCCAGACGAGGAGCCCACAUGGCGCUUGGCUCGCAACAUCUUCUACAUGCCUUAUUGGAUGAUCUAUGGAGAGGUGUUUGCAGAUUCGAUAGACCUUUACGCAAUGGAAAUAAACCCCCCCUGUGGAGAAAACUUAUAUGAUGAGGAUGGGAAAAAGCUUCCACCCUGCAUCCCUGGAGCCUGGCUGACUCCGGCCAUCAUGGCCUGUUAUUUGUUAGUGGCCAACAUCCUGCUUGUGAAUUUGCUCAUUGCUGUCUUCAACAACACAUUCUUUGAGGUUAAGUCCAUUUCGAACCAGGUGUGGAAGUUUCAGAGAUAUCAGCUCAUCAUGACUUUCCAUGACAGGCCAGUGCUGCCUCCACCAAUGAUUAUCUUUAGCCACCUCUACAUCCUUUUUCGCAAACUCUGCUGCCGCUGUAGUAAGAAAAAGGAGGGAGAACUGGAUGAAAAGGAUAAAGGAUUAAAGCUUAUUCUUACCCCGGACGAGCUGAAGAUGCUGUAUGAGUUUGAGGAGCAAUGUGUGGAGGAAUAUUUCAGGGAGAAAGAAGAUGAGCAACAGUCCUCAAAUGAUGAGCGUAUCAGGGUUACAAAUGAAAGGGUGGAGAACAUGUCCAUGUGCCUUGAGGAGGUGAAUGAGAGGGAGAACACAAUGAAGGCCUCCCUUCAGACAGUGGACCUUCGUUUGUCCCAGCUGGAAGACAUUAAUGGCCGAAUGGUGAAUGCCUUGGAAAGACUGGUGGGAAUCGACCACUCCGAACUCACCCGGACACGCUCAUCCGCCUCCUCUAUUUGCGACCCCUCCUCUCUCCAACGGCACAGUAGCAUCAACAGUGCUGAUGGGUACAGCCUCUACCGCUAUUACCUGGGUGUUGAUGACCGUCCACCUGAGGAGAAAGAGGCAGAUCUGAGUAAAACAAUAAGCACUACAAACCUCAACACAAAGGAAUAUGGCCAGAAUCUAGAGGUGGAUAUUCCAGGGGUAAAAAGACGCCUUGGCUCAUGUGUGGACAUCCGAAUCUUCCCUUGUGAUAAGGAUGUUGAGGUUGAAGGGACAAAGCCAGAAUCACCCAAAUCUACAGUUCCUAACAACCAGACUUCUUCAGAUAGAGCCACACUGAAAGAAGCCUUGAUCAUGGAGAGAGCAAAACUUCAGGCGACUACCUCCUACCCUCUAGAAAAGGUGAAAGCUUUUCAAUACUAUCCUGGAGAAAUACAAAGCACAUCCCCGUCCACUGUACGAAGGUGUUGGAGCACAAUCUCAUUUGAUCAAGCAAGUGGAAGAGAACCAAAUCUAGAAGGAGAAGGAAUGGGUGGGUCUCCAGCUACAAGACGUUGGAGUGCUGGCUAUGAGUAUAAGGUACACCCUAGUGUUUUUGGUCAGACGCCAAAGGUAUCAACGGUAAGACCCUUGGUAGACCAGAUUGACCAAUUUAGCAACAGUUUCAAGGUAGAGCAACAUUCUGACCAGCCUGAGCAACAAAUGCUGAGAGUUUCUUCUAGACAUAGUAUAGAUGAGAUGGGAAUGCAAGAUGGGGAGAAGACAAUGGACAGUUCAGAUGGAUCAGUGAAUCUUGAACGACGUCAGUCAAUUAUUGAAGAUGGGAUAAGAAAGGGUGAAGAGCUACACUCAGCGGGGACGACUGGAAGACAGGCAUCACUUGAUGUAGAUCAGGUAAAUCAGGAAGAAGGGAGUGACAAUGUGGACAAAUGCCUGAAAGAUACUGAGCAGGAAGUGACAAAGGAACCAGAUGAUCCUGAAGGAGGUCUUGAAAAGGAGGAAAGUUCAGAGAAGCAAGACGGAGAGCAAACAGAGGAGAUACCAACAGGUGUAGGUCCCUUUGAUUCUGAAGUCCAAGCUGAUGGUAGCCAUCUGCUUCUGCCAGAAGACACAAUGUUCCUCCCUGGAAGAUCUAAAAGCUGGUCCACAAAACCUUGCAAGUCCUUAGAAAACAGCUUGAAAAGAGCCCACGGAUCAAGCAGUGAAAGAGACCUUGCUGGAACAUUUGGGGACUCUCCUGAUGAUCCAGGUAAACCAGCACAGAAGACAAUAGACGAUGCACCAUCAAACGAACCGUGACCAGACACUCCAGAGGGAGUCCAAUAAGAUCAGAAAUUCAACAGACAAGAAUGACACACACAUUAAAUUCUGUAUAUCCACCUAUAACACUAUAUACUUACAUUAACAGUAUGCACUCAGGUGUCAUGAUCAAGUUAACCGAGUAGCAAAUCUCUGAAGCCAUAGUAUCAACUAUCCAUUAUUUGUGUGCUUGCACUUAAAGUAUUUCCAUCAGUAUAUGUAUUUAAUGUACAAAAUACAUUAUGUGACGGUAUGUAUCCCUGCUCACUGCUUUAUUAUGUAUUAUGGUUUAGAUGUUUUUUGACUGGUAAAAUGACAGUAUUAUGAAAUUUUAUGGGCUAAAAAGUAAGGCUAUGCAAACUGAACUAGUCAAAGGACAAAAUGAGUCUACCUCAAUGCAAAAUGUUUGGAGUUAGCAUGUUGUAUGAGUGGUGCAUUCUGUUUAUUGUGGGAAUAAGACUGUGUAAUAGCACCAUCUGCUGUUCUGGAUGAUGAACUGCUGGAAAAAAGAAGAACUACACGAGAAAAAAAUAAGCUGAAGACAAGUUUAUACAGUAUUUACUUUGGUUAUAUGUAGUAUAAAAGUCUACAAUUAAUAAAACCACACUUCAAA